ACCAGGAGGGUUUUUCUGUGAACCGCUGUGCACAUUACACUAAAGAGGGAAUCGAAGUCCCGAACGCAUAGAGAUCCAAUCCAACCAGCUCCGAAGCAUCGGAACCCUAUUCUAAGUUCAUCCUUCAACUUUGGUCGUAAGACUCGUCUCUCCACCAAAUCCGAAGAAUGCACGCUCCCGUUCUUGUUCUCAAGGAUUCCUUGAAGCGCGAGCAAGGAAACAAAGUGCACUAUGCCAACAUCCAAGCAUCGAAGGCUGUUGCUGAUAUCAUACGUACGACUUUGGGCCCACGGUCUAUGUUGAAAAUGCUGCUUGAUGCUGCUGGAGGAAUUGUCGUGACUAAUGACGGAAAUGCCAUUCUACGUGAGUUAGAUAUUGCACAUCCGGCAGCUAAGUCCAUGAUUGAACUAAGUCGCACUCAAGAUGAAGAAGUGGGGGAUGGGACUACAUCUGUCAUAAUUCUUGCUGGUGAGAUGCUUCAUGUUGCGGAGGCCUUCAUUGACAAGAGCUACCACCCUACUGUUAUAUGUCGAGCAUAUAAUAAAGCUCUUGAAGACGCUGUUGCUGUGUUAGACAAAAUUGCUAUAACCAUUGAUGUCAAGGAUCGUGGAGCUAUGUUGAGCCUGGUGAAGAGUUGUAUUGGUACAAAAUUCACUUGCCAAUUUGGAGAUCUAAUUGCGGAUUUAGCUAUUGAUGCUACCGCAACUGUUGGAGUGGAAAUUGGCCAAGGGUUGCGUGAAGUGGAUAUUAAAAAGUACAUCAAGGUCGAGAAGAUUCCUGGUGGCCAGUUGGAGGAUUCAAAGGUGCUCAAAGGAGUUAUGUUCAACAAAGAUAUAGUCGCUCCUGGAAAAAUGAGAAGAAAGAUUGUAAAUCCUCGCAUUAUUCUCCUCGAUUGUCCCCUGGAGUACAAAAAGGGUGAGAACCAAACCAAUGCAGAGUUACUUAGAGAAGAAGAUUGGAGUGUCCUCUUGAAAAUGGAAGAAGAAUACAUUGAGACCAUGUGUGCUCAAAUUCUCAAGUUUAAACCUGAUGUGGUUAUUACUGAGAAGGGAUUGAGUGACUUGGCAUGCCAUUUCCUGAGCAAGGCUGGUGUUUCUGCAAUUAGAAGGCUAAGGAAGACAGAUAAUAACAGAAUUGCCAAGGCAUGUGGAGCGGUUAUUGUUAACAGACCUGAUGAGUUGCAGGAAUCUGACGUUGGUACUGGUGCUGGACUUUUUGAGGUGAAGAAAAUUGGUGAUGAAUUCUUUACUUUUAUUAUUGAUUGCAAAGACCCAAAAGCGUGUACCGUGCUUUUGAGAGGUGCCAGCAAAGAUUUACUGAAUGAGGUGGAAAGAAAUUUACAGGAUGCCAUGUCCGUAUCCAGAAACAUCAUCAAGAACCCGAAGCUAGUACCCGGUGGUGGUGCAACUGAGUUAACUGUAUCUGCUAUGUUGAAGCAGAAGAGCUCAUCUGUCGAGGGAAUAGAAAAGUGGCCCUAUGAAGCUGCUGCAAUUGCUUUUGAGGCUAUACCUCGAACAUUGGCCCAAAACUGUGGGGUCAAUGUGAUUCGGACAAUGACUGCACUGCAGGGGAAGCAUGCAAAUGGGGAGAAUGCAUGGACAGGGAUAGAUGGGAAUACUGGGGAGGUUGCUGAUAUGAAAGAACGAAAGAUCUGGGAUUCUUACACUGUUAAAGCACAAGCUUUUAAGACUGCCAUUGAAGCUGCUUGUAUGCUUCUGAGAAUUGAUGACAUUGUAAGUGGUAUCAAGAAAACGCAAGCCCCUAGUGCAGGCCAGGCUCCAUCAAAGCCAAAGGUUGAGGAAGAAGGCGAUGCUGACAAUGACCAGUUGAUUCCUGAGUGAUAGCACAUGUUUUCGUUUAAACGCCUGGAUACAAUUUUUCAGCUUUUACUUGAAUCUGGCCCAGAUAUUCAAUAGAUAAGUGUCUAGAGUGCCAUCGGGUUUUGACCAUUAGUGUGGUCGUUGGCCGCAAGAUUUUGUGCUUAAACAUGUGAUUAUUUUGUAUUUUCUCAAUUUCCUCAUGUUAAGGAGAAGUAUCUACUUACCAAAAAUUUUUAAUCAGAAUCUUUUAGGCCUCAUUUUAUUGGUUAUUGCCUUUGUGGGUUGCAACUUCCCACGAAUUACCCCACAUUCCAUU